AUGGAUGGCCAACAAGUUCUGAGAACAGCCCCAAUCUACCCAGUCCCAUCCCGCCUCCUCGUCAGUGUCGAACACCCUGCCGUAGUGCGCAAUGUCGACAAGGCGAUCGAUACUUUAAAUGGCGACACAGGGAUCAAAACAUUCCUGAACCCAGCCAAGCCAGAUACACCGGCAAAUCUGGUUCUUCGACCGGAUGAUGCCAUGGCCCGGCCUGUCCAGUCGACCAGCAGUGCAUCAAACAAUGUCCUGCUCAAGGUGACCGUUCCCAAGCGGACGGGACGGAAGCGCAAGAAGGGCUCGGAUGGGCCUUUUACGGACGCACCAGAGUCUGAAGAUACCGAGACGCGGCCACGACGGUCAGCUAAGGAUCUGAUGCGCAGCUUGCGUAAUAACCCGUCUGCAUAUCAUAUUGAACCAGUUGGGAAGAUACAGCGCACUCAUGUCUUUCGAGGAAUGCCGGACUUUGUCUACUCGACUACAGCAAGCUCAUUCACCAACCGGUUCCGGAACCAAAUUCUUCCAUUUGACUUCGAGAAAAUGAAACAGUUCGAGCUGGACAUGGGCAAAGGGGCCACCACUAACGCAGAUAUCAUUCCACCACCAUCCUUCAGCCAUGGCGAUGUGCCUUUCCAUUACAUCUACCGCCAAAACCCAACAGUCAGACAGUCAAUCGGCCAAUCCGGAGAAAUAACGACAGUGAACACACAACAAGUGCACAAAGUUCUAACCUACCUAAUCCCCUACGACGCAGAAAAAGUCCCAACAGAACCACGACCAGACCUCCCCCCAAUCGAAACCCUAGACAACAGCAUGAGAAGCACAAUCUCCAAACUGCGCGCCCUCUACGAAACCCAACCAGCCUGGACCCGCCGCGGCCUCCGCAACAACUUAACAACAGACGAAGACCGCACAAACCUCCGCCACGCCGUUCCGUACGUUGGCUACAUCUUCCGCUCCGGACCUUGGCGCGACGCAAUUAUAAAACUAGGCAUCGACCCACGCACCUCCCCGGAGUACCGCCACUACCAAACAUUCAUGUUCAGACUCCUUGCAAGAGAAGCAGAACUAGCGCGUGAUGGCGCAAGUGGUCGAAGACAUAACCUACCCAGACCAUAUGACCUGCACAAUGCGCAGCUAUCAGCCAGUGGACAAAAUACCAGUUCAGAAGAUGGCUCGUCGAGCACGCACAUCUUCACUGGGAAAUUACCCUUCUCGGCGGACGGGAAGAUCUGGAUGAUAGCCGAGAUUCAGGAUGAGCAGUUGCGACGGGCUUUGUAUCCGGCUGAAGAGGUGGAAGGGUUCUUACGGGGGGAGUGUGAGAUUGUUGCUGAUGGAUGGUUUGGGAAUGGGACGCUGGGGAAGGUGAAGACUGUGAUGCGACAUAAGAUCCAGGCGUUGAUGGAAGGGAGGGAGGCUGACGAUGAGGAGUUUGAGAAGGUGUUGGCGUUGCCGGAUUUUGCGAGGUCGGAGGCUGAUUUUGAGAAGUUUACUGUUGAUGGGGAGCCUAGUAGUCGGGAGAUGCAGCUUGCUACUGAGGUUCGGUCUGCUAUUCGGGGGUCGCCACUUUGGACGAGAUUGCCUGGGAAUAGGGGUGUUGGGAGGGGGAAGGGUAGGGGGAAGGGGAAAGAGAAAGAGAAGGGUGAGGGUGUUGAAAAGGGUAAAGGGAAAGGUAGGGCUGGGAGGGCUGGAAGAGGGAGGAAGGGCAAGGAGGUUGCGUUCGAGGAGCCUGAGCCUGAACCUUAUGCUGAAGAGCAGAUUGAUGAGCCCAGUGAAGGCGAGGAGGAAGAGAUUGAGCGGCGGGAGAUGCUGGCUGAGCAGGUUGCUGCAGCCGCCGAAGCGAGGGAUGCGGACCAGGAUGAAGAUGACAGUGAUAACUCGGAUGAAGAUGGCAGUGAUUGA